AUGUCCGGAACACCGACAUCACGAAGCUCAAGGCGACAGUCAAAACCUGCAGAACGCUAUAACGAUGGCGCGCUCAGCUGGGAACAAGUAGUCGACUUAUUCCCUGAGAUGGACGAGGAGGAUGGACAGGAAAGCGAAAUCUCCGCCGGCGGCUCUGACUAUGGAGAAGGCGAGGAACUAGGAAAAGAAGCUGUGGACGGAUCAACAGAUGGAGAGGAUGAUGAGAUGAUGAUCGAUCCCCAGCUGCUUGAUCAGACCUACUCGCUGGACGAUGUUGAAGACGCGUUCCAAGACGAUUUUAUAGUGCUGGUGGAUCAGAUGAACGCCGCGGACGACGUUGGCCACAGCGUCACACGCAAAGAUUUCACUAUGACGGAACAGGACAUGGACCUGCGCGAAACCUUGCGCGCUGCUGCUAGGAUAGGCAGGCGUAGACGAAAGGGCAAACGACGAGCGCGUGCACAGUACUCUGAGGAAGUGCGUGCUCUGCUCACCAGCGCCCAAACCGCGUUUGUCGACCAGAAUCCACAAGAGGCGAUCCGUAUCGCCCGUGAAGCUGUCCGUAUUGAGCCGAGAGCUAUUGAGGGUUGGAGCGUUCUCGCAGGCGUGUUUGCUGAGCUGGGUGAUGUCGAUGCUGCCCUCAAGUUUCGUAUCAUGCGAGCACACAUGACCGCAGAGUCUGGGAUUUGGAAGGACCUGGCGGCUGAAUCUCUAGCCUUAGACCUCCCCCGCCAGGCUUUGUAUUGCUAUCGCAAGUUGCUUCAGAUUAACCCCCACCACGAAGACGCGAUAUGGGAUCGCGCAUAUCUACUCAAGGCCAUGGGCGAGUUAGACCAAGCCCUCAAAGGGUUCGAGAACCUUCUUCAGCUGAACCCGCAUAAUCCGAACGUACUAUUUCAAAUCUACCAGGUUUGUCUCGAGUCUAGCAACUUGUCAAGAGCCCUGUUUCUCUAUCAAUCUGCAUUCGAUUUCUUUCGCAAGUUUCCGCCCAAUGAGGAGUUAUUUGGCAUCCCUUCGUUAUCUAUCCUUGCCGAUCUCCAAAUCAGUGUCGGCAAUCUUGAGGGUGCGAUUCAGACGGUGAAAUCCGGUGCACGAUGGCUGCAAAAUCGCUCGAAUGAAUCGUUCUGGGACUUGAUCGAGGACGAUCGAGAGUUUGAUCCUCCGGGGUUCACGCGGGAGGCCGUGGAAGGUCAGGAGGAAGAUCAGCCGCCGGGAUAUCAUCCACUGCCUUUCGAGCUACGCCAUCGGCUCGCGAUCGCCCGAUUAAAAGGUGGGAAUGAUGCAGAAGCUGAGAUUCAUGUGGACGUUUUACGUGCAUUGGAUCGUGAGCUUCAUCCAGAGUUCAAUGAGUACAUGAUGGAAAUUGGUGAUGUCUACUUCGAACGCGGUCUUUGGGAGGAGGCGUAUGGAGCAUACGACGAUGUUCACGGUUCCUCAGAGCUUGUUAGUCGUCACCUCUUGACGCAGAUUGGACGGUGUCUGCGCAAUCUCGGAAGACUGAAGGACGCGAUUGCAGUCCUGGAGCAAGUUCUCGAGGCAGCGCCCGACAGUAUGGAAGCGAAGCUGGACCUCGUGGAGCUCUUGGAAGCGAAUGGCCAGCUUGAAAGGGCCUAUGACAUGGUACUAGAAAUCAAAGAAUCCCGCCAGCAACAUGUCAAUGAAGGGGAAGAAGAGCCGCGCACGGCAAGCACAGAAGCCCCCGUUUUCAAAGACAUUGAAAAGACAGCGAUUACGAAAGGUCCUGCAACGUUGGAAGAGAGUGUCGCACUGGAAGAGCAGAGAACCGAGGUGGCCCUGGCGAUCUAUGAGAGGCUUCAAAGUUUCGAGGAAGCUGCGGAGCGGGGUGAUCCCCUGGCUCUCGAAGAAUGGAUGUUCCAGGCCCGCCGCUUGAUUGACAUUUUCCGCCAAACUCGAAUGCUCUUCCCGUCGAACCCAAACCGCAAGUACACUGGUUUCUUCAGUCGAACGAACGUGAUUAUGCGAGAGGCACGUCAAAAGGGCGUCGACAUCGACCAAUUUAUGGCCGACAUUUCCAGUAGACUGCGAGAUUCAAUGCAGGACGAGGCGCGGACGACACCCUUUCCCGAAGAGUAUUCCACCCGUUUCCGAGGAAUUGGAUUUGACGAAUGGGCUCUUCUCUUUCUAACGUAUUGCUUCCGCUUGAUGAGACGAGGUGAAUAUCUCGAAGCUGAAAACAUCUUGCGCCAUACGAGCUUCUCCAACAUAUUCAAUACACCGAAGUAUCGUGAUACGUUCAAUGUAGCUAUAUUAGCUGGAGCUGUCUUCACUGGCAAUCUCCAAACUUUCAAAGAACAGACAAGAAAGAUUAUUUUUCAAAACCAGUUCAACAAUGACGCUGUUCGACUUUUCAUUGCUGUGCUAGGGACGAACAUUGAUGCAUACAUUACAUUCACUGAACCGAAGCUAAGCAAGUUCCUUGUGCGAGAACUCAAGAUCGGACAGGCUGCCGCCAAGGGCGAGCGGCUGCACACGUCCCGGGGACGAUGGGUUUUGAGGAGGUCUAAGCAGGCAAUCGACAAAGGGGACAUCGAUGUGGACGAUGGCGCCUCUGAGGAAGAAGAAGAGGCACUUCCCACUCUCGGGAGCUCUGCACCGAACUUGACUGGGAAGCACGAAUAUCGACAAGUGGACCUGCCAACGAAAGAAAACCCAUUUUUGAUUGGACUGUAUGGCCAAAUUCUGAUGGCAGUUAGAAGCUAUCAAACGGCACUGUUCUUCUUUUUGCACGCGUACGAGCUCGAUCCGCAUGACCCUCUGCUUUGCCUCUGCCUUGCUGUGGCAUAUCUUGGUCGAUCCAUGCAGCGACAGUCCGAUAAUCGACACCACCAGAUUGUUCAAGGACUCGCAUUUCUCACUCGGUACAAGACUCUCCGGGCGUCAUCAAAUACUUACGGAGAGGAGAUCGAGUAUAAUUUCGGGCGGUAUUUCCACCAGAUUGGAGUGCUGCAUUUAGCCACGAAGCAUUAUCGUCGCGUGCUGGACAUUGCUCGUGCUCGCAUGCAUUCUGGCCAAAGGAUCCCGCCUCAGGCGCCUGUUAAGGAAGCUGCGUACAAUCUUUCACUUAUUUACGCAACGACGGGUGCGGCGGACGUUUCUCAUGUUCUCUAUCAAGAAUGGCUCACGAUUUAGCCAUUUGUGUCUCCACCCACUGUAUGCUAACGCAUCAAUGUUGUAAUAUGCCUAAUCCUUUGUACCAUCAUCUAUCAAAGAUCGACUGAAUAUU